AUGGCUUCUCAUUGCGCGUGGACCUGGCGUUCUGUUCCAGAGAAAUGGCCGCGCAUCGACACUCCAGUCCGUAACGUAGUGUGGGCCGAAGUCAGCGAUAGCGUGUUGGAGAUAUCCUUCAUUGCGAGGCGUCGAAAGAAACAUGCGCUGUCCCUCGUGCACAUUACCGGGAGGAUUAAAGACGACCAGGUUCAGCUGGCUACUGCAUUCGCGACCAGCUUGUUGGAUGCAGCGUAUGCCGGUAAGCGAUGGGUGAAGCGCCACCGAAGGCUCCGAGUAUUCGUGAAUCCUAAGAGCGGUCCCGGUGCCUCAGUGUCUCAUUACUUGAAGCGCGUCGAGCCAAUAUUUCAGGCAGCUCGGUGCGUCAUAGAGACCACUUUCACGCAGCACCCUCGGCAUGCGCAGGACCUUGUCAGAGACUUGGAUGUCGACCAGUAUGACGCGGUUGUCACCAUGUCCGGCGACGGUCUGGUUCAUGAAGUCGUGAAUGGCUUUGCUGAACACGCACUUCCAGAGAGGGCCCUCAGUAUCCCAAUAGCGCCUAUACCUACUGGUUCCGGGAAUGGCUUAUGUAUCAAUCUCUUGGGAGUCGAGGAUGGCUACGAUGUAUGUGCAGCUGCUCUCAACGCUGUCAAAGGUCAACCCCUGCGCAUCGACUUGUGCUCUAUUACGCAAAACGACACACGUAUAUAUUCCUUCAUGUCACAGGUGGUGGGACUUUUUGCUAUUGUAGACUUGGGCACCGAGUACCUCCGCUUUCUGGGAUCAACUCGCUUCUUAGUCGGAUAUGUCAUUGAAGUCCUCAAACUGAAGCCGUGUCCAGUCAAGCUCUCGGUGCAAGUUGUCGAAAGCGACAAGAAGCGUAUGGUGGAGAACCUGCACGCCUACCAGGCGCGCGCUAGAGCGAAGACAAGCGGUGCGACGGUGCCUGACGCAGACACCUCAUCCCUCGCCGCCGCCUCGACCGUCGUCGCGUCGCCGUUGCCCGACUCGAAGGCCACGUCAGCGCCCGCGUCACCACUCGAUGACGGCUGGAUCACGUUCGACAAGCCCAUGUCGUAUGUCUAUGCCGGGAAGGGGCCAUACGUCUCGAAGGACUUCAUGCAAUUCCCUGUGUCGCUGCCGGACGACGGGCUUGUGGACGUCGUGGCGCAAGAAAUCACGACGCGCAAGGCGAUGUUGGACGCGAUGGACGGCUCCGAAAAUGGUGAUUCAUAUUGGCUAAGCACCCAACAUUACUGGAAGGCGCGUGCUUACCGCGUGGAGCCCCUCACCUCGAAGAGUUGUCUCUCGGUGGAUGGCGAAGCGUAUCCCUUCGAACCCUUCCAGGUGGAAUGCCAUCGUGAGAUGGCGACAGUCCUCAGUCCCUGCGGGUACUACCAAGCGCAGUUUGACCUACCACAGGACUCGACGAGCAGUUAGUCUCCUGAGCAGUACUCUGGGUGCAGAGCCGCUGGACUCCUGAACCCUUAUUAAUGUAUUGGACCUGGUAUCUAUUUUGUCCCUGGUCAUAUACAUCAUUUAUUGUCU